AUGACGAAUCAUCUUGAAAAUACUCUCCAACAACCACAACCACAACAAACAAGUAACGGAAAUUAUACUACAUUAUCAUCAUCUUCUAGCAAUGGUAGAAAAAGAAGAGGCGUAACUUCCGUUCAUGAAACCGUUAUGGAGAUGGGUUUGUCUUCCUUUCCUCUCAAUACUUCUACUCCCAUCGGAGGAGGAGAAAACAACAUUCCAUCAUCCAACAUGAUGAUACCAUCAUCAACAACAAAUCCAACUCAUCCUGAAGAAGGAAAGAAGAGAAAAAACGCAACGUUCUAUCAACAACUUCACAAGCCUCAAGCGUCUGGAGAAUUCGCUCCCAUGUCGUGCCAACACUGUAGAAGUUUGCACAAAAAGUGUGAUCGAAGUUUACCCAAUUGUUCCCGAUGUAUUCAAACGAAUCAUAUUUGUCUCUAUCCAGAAAUGAAUAGUAAUAAUAAUAAUAAGAAGAAAAAGACGAAUCAUCAUGCAGAAAAAGCGUCAUCCUCUUCUUCCUCUCAAGAAAAACCCAAUUCAUUACAAAAGUCACCUCCUCCUCCGUUGGUAGUGAGCUCUUCCUCGUCACAAUUAGGUUCUCCACAACAACAACCAACUUUUCAAACAGUCUCACCAUCCUCAACCAAUUUCUCAACUAAUAAUUUGUUAGAGGCGGCGUCAGCAUCCAUUCAAUCCCCAUUGUCACUUUCUGCAAUUUCCUCAAAACUUGCCACGCUUGAUAGUACCACACAACUCAAACUUUUCGACAUGGCUGCCAAUGCACUCUCGAGAAAUCCUGGCCAAUUAAAUUCCUUAAUAGCCAAUGUUCCACCUGGACUAAUUACUGCAUUUACAGGAAAGUUUCAACCCGCCAUACCGCAGAAGUGA